AUGUGGAUCUCUUCGAGACCACGAACGGGAAUCAGGGUGGACGGACAACCGAUAGAACUCGUCGAUGAGUUCUAUUACCUAGGCUGUACGCUGAAGAACAAUGGCAGCUACGAGAGAGAUGUUCAGCAAAGAUGCGCUAAGGCCACUUCUGCAUUUAACUCCUUAACGAAAUGCCUGUGGUCGACCCCCAUCACCAACGAAGUCAAGCUGCGAGUCUACCUAUCCGCAAUUCGCCCCAUCAUGAUGUACGGAUCGGAGACUUGGGCAGCACCAUCAACGGUUAUGGAGAGGCUUGACUGCACGGAACGAAAGCUGCUUAGAUCGCUACUUGGCUACUUUUGGCCUAGGGAGACCGGCAGAUCGCCUUGUUCAACGAGUUCUGAGGAGUUCGUCGGGUUCGAGCUGGAAGAAGCCACCUGGCCGAAAAAUGGAGUUCUGGACUGGGGUGGUGAAAGAGGACCUGAGGACACUCGGCGUGGAAUAUGGAACAGCGACGAAUGGAUUGAUUCUGUGCAAGCUCUCGCAGAAGAUCGAGAAGGUUGGGCAGAGCUGUGUUCAAGGACGGCACACGUCGGCGAAGAUGCGGGUAAUCGCGUCAGGCGAUGA